AUGAAACUUGUAAAUGACCAAGUUGCGGAAUUAUUUUGGUGCUCAUGGUCAAGUUUCCCCAGGGAAGUAUCACAAAGAAGAGGAGUUGUUACCAGACCGAAGGGUUUGCGUUUCGAUCCUGGUAUUUCAGUUUGUCUUACUGAUUUAUCAUCAGCAAUAGUAUUGCCUUUAACACAGCGAAUUAGAAGUGACUUUGCAAUGACCGAUUGA